CCGCUCCUAGACCCCGGAAGUGCAAGUCGAACUUGCUCGGGGCGCGGAUCCUGAGAGGGAAAGUCAUAACAACCGCACGAGGGAGUUCGGCUGGCGCACUGGAAGGCCACGCCUCCUCCCGCCAGCCCCCUCAGCCCUGUAGCUGGGGGCAGAGCUCAGACUGUCUUCUGAAGAUUGAUGCCUAUUUCUCUGAGCUCUUUAAUUUUGUUGCCCAUUUGGAUAAGCAUGGCACAAAUGCAGCAGGGAGGUCCAGAUGAAAAAGAAAAGACCACAGCCCUGAAAGAUUUAUUGUCUAGGAUAGAUUUGGAUGAACUCAUGAAAAAAGAUGAGCCUCCUCUUGAUUUUCCUGAUACCCUGGAAGGAUUUGAAUAUGCUUUUAAUGAAAAGGGGCAGUUAAGGCACAUAAAAACUGGAGAACCAUUUGUUUUUAACUACCGAGAAGAUUUGCACAGAUGGAACCAGAAAAGAUACGAGGCUUUGGGAGAGAUCAUCACGAAGUAUGUCUAUGAACUCCUGGAGAAGGAUUGUAAUUUGAAAAAAAUCUCUAUUCCAGUUGAUGCCACUGAGAAUGAACCAAAGAGUUUUAUCUUCAUGAGUGAGGAUGCUCUGACAAAUCCCCAGAAACUGAUGGUUUUAAUUCAUGGGAGCGGUGUUGUCCGGGCAGGCCAGUGGGCAAGAAGGCUUAUCAUCAAUGAAGAUCUUGACAGUGGCACACAGAUACCUUUCAUUAAGAGAGCUGUGAAUGAAGGCUAUGGAGUAAUAGUCCUGAAUCCCAACGAAAACUAUAUUGAAGUCGAAAAGCUCAAGUCUCAUGUGCAGUCAUCUUCAGAUGGUUCAGAUGAACCAGCAGAGAAGCGGGAAAGGAAAGAUAAAGUCUCAAAAGAGACAAAGAAGCGGCGUGAUUUCUAUGAGAAGUAUCGAAACCCCCAAAGGGAAAAAGAAAUGAUGCAAUUGUAUAUCAGAGAAAAUGGGUCUCCUGAAGAACAUGCCAUCUAUGUUUGGGACCAUUUCAUAUCCCAGUCCGCAGCUGAGAAUGUGUUUUUUGUUGCUCACAGCUAUGGAGGACUUGCUUUUGUUGAACUGAUGAUUCAACGAGAAGCAGAUGUAAAAAGCAAAGUAACUGCCGUGGCAUUGACAGACUCUGUUCACAAUGUGUGGCAUCAAGAAGCUGGCAAAACUGUUCGAGAAUGGAUGAGAGAGAACUGUUGUAACUGGGUCUCUAGUUCUGAACCAUUGGAUACAUCAGUGGAAUCCAUGCUGCCUGACUGUCCCAGAGUCUCGGCAGGCACCGAUCGUCACGAGCUCACUUCCUGGAAGAGCUUCCCGUCCAUCUUCAAAUUCUUCAGCGAAGCCUCGGAGGCCAAGACCAGCUCCCUGAAGCCGGCGGGGACGCGGCGCUCGCACCGAAUAAAGCACGAGGAGCUGUGAGGGCCGGGCGGGCGCCGAGCCCCAGGCAGCGCGGGUCCACUCCCCAGCCGCCCGCGUGCCCUCGCCGAGCCCACUCGGGCCCUCAUUAGAUUGUUUUCUUCCCAGAGCACAGGGUCGUGAUGUAUACAUCUAAAUCGCGUUUUGCAUUAUUUCUAGAUGAGUGCAACUGUCAAAGCAAUAUGGGUUCACUGGCCGUGCUUCCUGCGGGCUGGGCGCGGGCUCCACGCCGCCCGUCAGCGCGCAGAUUGAGGCUGACAGUGCCCGGCCCCGCGCUGCCCGCGCGCCUUUAAUUGCCCCGACGCUGCCUCCUGGCGCAGGACCGAGCGGUCCUACCGCCCGCCGGCGC